AUGAAGUAUUUUCUCGGGAUUCAAGUAAAGCAAGAAAUUGGAAGUAUCUUCAUUUCUCAGGACAAGUAUGCCGCAAACAUGCUAAAGAAGUUUAGAAUGGAGAAUUGCAAGCCUGCUGCAACACCGAUUGCCCUGAUCGAAAGAUUAAAGUUUGAUGAUGGUGCAGAAAAAUUCGACCCAAGCAUUUAUCGGAGCCUUGUCGGAUCGCUCAUCUACCUAACACACUCAAGGCCGGAUAUCUUACAUGUUGUAAGUCUGAUUUCCAGAUUUAUGAGCAAUCCAAGCAGGUCACAUUUUGCGGCUGAAAAAAUGAUUCUCUGUUACAUUCAAGGGACCAAACAUCUUGGCAUCAAAUAUUCGAGAGAGAAGAAUAAUGAGUUGAUUGGAUUCACGGACAGUGAUUGGACUGGAAGCCAAGACGACAGGAAGAGCACAUCGGGAUACAUUUUUUGCUUGGGAUCAAAAGCAAUUUCGUGGAGUUCGAAGAAGCAAAAUUCAGUUGCUAUGUCAUCCGCGGAGGAGUAG